CGACAGUUGCUGAUAUUAGGCGCAAGUUCUAUAAUUUGCAUUGUUUUUGCUGAAUGGUGUUGAGUUCUUGUUUGAAAGCAUACGAAGAAGGUACCGUUGAGUAUGGCCUGUUUAAACACCUUGGUGCGAUUAAUUAUAUUUCUUGUGGCUGGAGGCAUUGUAAGAUCAUCUUUAGCUGAUGACACUCCUGUAACACCUGUCAUUGGAGUACUAGUCCAAGAAGUUUAUAAGGAUGGUUUGAUAUCCAGACAUUUUGAAGGAAUCACAAGCUAUAUAGCUGCAUCGUAUGUAAAAUAUUUGGAAGGAGCUGGGGCUCGUGUAGUACCCAUUUGGAUUGGACGGAAUCGAACAUACUAUGAUCAGUUGCUUGUGAAAAUCAACGGAGUUUUAUUGCCUGGUGGGGCCACCUGGUUCAAUCAAAGCGGUGGAUAUGCCGAUGCAGGAGAGUAUCUUAUACAGGGUGCCAUGGAACUAAAUGAUCGAGGCGUCUUUAUGCCCAUUUGGGGCACUUGUUUAGGAAUGGAAUUGCUGAUAUUUAAAAUGGCAAACGAAGUAGAGACCCGCAUUGAUUGCAGUUCUCAGGGUCAAUCACUGCCAUUAGAGUUUAAGUUAGACUAUAAGGAAAGCCGUCUUUUUGCCUCCGCCAGCGAUAACAUAAUUACUAUACAUUCAAAAGAAAAUGUCACCUAUAACUGGCAUAAAUUCUGUUACACGGAAGAGGACUUUUCGAAAUAUGGUUUAAAUGAAUCGUGGCGUGUCAUGAGCGUCAGUCAUGAUUGGAAUAACAUUGAGUUUAUUUCAACUGUAGAGCAUAGGAUAUAUCCGUUUUAUGGCGUACAAUUUCACCCUGAGAAGCCUCUGUAUGAGUUUACGAAAGCCAGUAUACCACACACAUCAGCGUCUAUAUUAUCCGGUCAAUACUUUGCCAACUUCUUUGUGAAUGAAGCAAGACGAAAUUUGCAGAAAUACUCCAAUACUGUUGACUUAGAUCUGGUACUUAUUUACAACUUCAAACCGGAAUACACAUCAGUGCUGGGAUCCAGUUAUACUCAGCAAUAUUUGUUUAGCGAUGGUGAUAUGGGAAUUGGUGAUGGAGAUGACGAUGACGAUGGAACCAGUUAUUAUCCCUAUCCGAACAACGACGAUGGUGCAGCUACUCAGUUUUGUACCAAAACUUCCUUUCUACUCAUCAUAACGGUUGCUGUUUCGAGGUGGCUGUCUUGAGAGGAGACUACAUCACUUAUUUGACUGAAUAACUUAUCGAUGGGUUAAAAGCUUACAUAAUUCGGAAAUGCAAUGGUCAGACUAGUCAAAUACAGCAUGUCAUUGAAUCAUUGACUUUUUUGACUGAAAGCUGAAAACGAAAAUGGUGAGAAUAUGGAGUGCAUGUUGUAAUGACUAAGUUGUAAAAAUGUAUGAGUAAAAUAUUAAUAUAU